GAGGAGGAAGAGGAACGCGAGGGACAGGCUCAGAGGGACUGGGCAGAUACGCUGUUGAGGAGAGGCAGUCACACCACCGCCGCUGCUCUAAGUGUUGGUGCCUUUUUCUCUUGGCUCGUGGGAUAGUAGGAGUAACACACCAACAACGUACUGUACUGCUGCUGUUACUGCCACCUGAUCAUUCAUCGCUAAGGACAAGGACAGAGAGCACCACCAUGAAGGAGAUGGAGCAGAGCAUCGCGGCGUCAGAAAAGGAACGCAUCUUGAGGGAGUCGUGUACACAAAAUCAGGCAAAACAAAGCAGUAACGAAAGUAAACAUCAAGAGGAAGGACAAACGGUGACCAAGUCUCAAAUGUUAUCAUCUGACGCGGAGCCUGAUCAUAAUGGCACACCUGCUCUACUUCCUCAGGUGCUGGGAACAGGCGUAGCUGCCAUGGCACAGAUGGACAUUGGUGGCAUCUUCGCCUACCCCGGAGUGACGCUGCCACAGCUGAUGGAUAAAACGUCAGAUGAUCUCGUUUUCAACACGGCCCAGGCUGCUUUGUUCGGGAGCGUCAUCUACCUGGGAGCCAUGGUGGGGUCCUUCCUGGCGGGGCUGCCCAUGGUGCGUCUGGGGCAGCGAGUGACGCUCUUGAUAGCCCUGCCUCUCUCCUUCGCCUCCUGGAUAGCCCUAGCCCUUGCGCCCUCCGCUUGGGUGGUUUUAACUGCCCGUAUGGUUCAGGGUUUUGCUCUCAGUUUAACGGCCAGCUCGUCCAACACCUAUGUGGCGGAAAUCGCUCACAGCUCAAUACGAGGCCGGCUGAUGGCUGGUAUGGAACUUUCCCGUCAGGUGGGUAGUCUGCUAAUCUUCUGUCUGGGAGUGUCUUCUCUCACAUGGCGGCAGGUUGCUUUGACGACCGGCCUGGUAAACACCGUCCUGCCUUUCGUGGGGCUGCUGCUGCUACCCAAUUCGCCGCGCUGGUUGGCUACACAGAACAGACCCGACGAUGCUCGCCGCGCAUUGAGCUUUUUCCGUGGACAUAACUACGACACAGACAAGGAGUUGGAGGCCAUUAUCAGUCAAUUACAGAAGUCAUCGGGUAAACAGACGAACGUGCUCCAGCAACUCCAGCAGAUAAGAGAACCUGCCAUCCUUCGCUACGUGGUAGUUAUGUCCUUUGUGCUCUUCUUCAUCCACUUCAACGGUGCAAGUGUUUUGCCGGCCUACGUUGUGCUCAUCAUGAACACAGCUCAGGUCCGAAUGAGCUCCUACGUGGCUGCCAUUGCAGUGUGCUUGACCAAGAUUGCUGGAACAUUCUGCUUUGGUCUUGUAAUAGAUCGCAUCAAUCGCAAGCCUCUGUUCACGGCCACCUCCCUGGUCAGUGCUUUGUCCAUGGCCGUCUUGGGAAGCUACUUCUUCGAUCAGACUCACGGUGGCUACUUCCAGCACCUGGAAUGGCUUCCUCUUCUAUGUCUGACAACAUACGCCUUCUUCUCCGCCUCGCCCGUCAUCAGUCUGCUGCGGACCGAACUGUUUCCCACCGCGGUGCGCUCCACGGUGGUGCCCAUCCUCUACACUACCUUUUUCAUCGGUGCUUUCCUUGCCCUGCAGACUUACCCGUACAUGGCGGCAGAGCUGGGGCCACAUGGGGCGUUCUGGGUGUUCACUGGAUGCAGCCUUACUCUGAUCGCGAUCGUGGUGCUCACCAUUCCAGAGACGCGCGGCAAAACUCUAGAGCAGAUCACAGAGAUGCAGUACAAAGCCACUCGCUCUGCCCAAUAGCCCCAAGUUUGGUUAGUCUUUCAAGAGGGAGGUUUCAAGAAACUUCUCAAAUUUUGGUUAAUGCUUCUUUGGCUGUACUCUGUUAGGACUUACACUUUCAGUGGGACUUUUUAUAUAACCUUUUUUUUUUUUUUUGCUCUACGCCAGAGGCUAUCUUACAUAAAAAAAAAAAAUCUGUUGAGACGAUAUAAAUAUGUUUUUAGUAAAACAGCUAUUUUUAAUGUGUAAUAUUUAGCUCCAAUUAUCUAUUAAAAUUAUUUCA